AUGUGUGACGAGGAAGUCGACGUAGCUAUUGCUGUAUUGUCAUUGAUUGCAACAUUGGAUAUCAUUCCGCCCCGGUGCAGUGCGUGUAUCGUCGCACCUACCAGUCAAAUGACAGGAUACAAUGCCAUUGCAGCUGUGGAAACAAUAUUGUCAUUGUUUAAGAUUGCCACCAAAGACCCUCUCAACCCAAUCAAACAGGAUAUCAAGAAAGGUGCGUUGAGGUUUGUGGCCAACUGCUUCCCUCACCACGGCUACAUCUGGAACUACGGGGCUCUUCCUCAGACUUGGGAAAACCCCAAUGCUGUUGACCAUCACACCAACUACAAGGGUGACAAUGAUCCCAUUGAUGUUUUGGAGAUCGGGCACAGAGUGGCAAAAAGGGGAGAGGUCGUAGCAGUGAAGAUACUAGGAACUAUUGCUUUGAUUGAUGAAGGUGAAACUGACUGGAAAAUAUUUGCAAUAGAUGUAAAAGAUCCCAUUGCUGACAAACUCAAUGAUAUCAACGACAUUGAAAAGGAAUUUCCUGGUUUGAUGAAAGCCACCUUGGAAUGGUUCAGGAUAUAUAAAAUUCCCGAUGGAAAACCUGAAAACCAGUUUGCAUUUAAUGGAGAAGCUAAGGACAAGGCAUUUGCUCUUAAUGUAAUUCAAGAAGUCCAUUCCCAUUGGAAGGAUCUAAUCAACAAGAAAACUGAUGCCGGAGGACUUUCAUGCUCAAACGUUAGUGUGGAUGGCCCGUUCAAGAUCAGCCAAGCUGAAGCCAACGCUGUGUUAGACAAAGAGCCCCCUUCCAAACCUGCUGCUCCUACUGCUUCUACAGUGGACAAAUGGCAUUUCAUUACUCUCAAGUAACACAUGUAAAGAAAAGCAAGACAAAUGGCCGGUAUUAGCUCAUGAUGAAGGAUGGUGUUUUGUAUAAUAAAGGUUAACGUUAUCU